GCACGCUACCAUAUUGGCUGCUGCAAUUCGCGGGAACGGAAGUCGAGGGAGAGGGGCUGCCGGCGGCGCCUCAAUCCACUUUAGGGUUUGCAAUCCGCCGGCGGCGGGCUAAUCGUGGAUGAAGUUGAAAUAUUGGUUUAGUGGCGCUUCAUUUCGAGUAAUGCCAUUUUCCUGUCGAAAUGGGUCUGCGAAGUUAUGGAGGUUGCUGGUAUCGACAUCUCCUCCUGUUGUACUCCUCUGUCUUCAUCCGUGGAUUAACAUCAAACCUGGUCAGGUAUGCUUUAUUUGGUUAUCACUUCAAAGAGUUAUCACUAAUAGAAUCAAGUUUUUUGCACGUGAUCACCAAAAUACAGCAUGAUUUGUUGGCCGUCUAUGCUGCUUCAUGAGCUAUUACUGCAUAUUAAGGCCUAUGCCUUCUAAUUUUGUUUCAUACACGAACUACUGUGAAAUUCUUCCUUUAGCAACUAUAACUAUUAAUUCACAUUUAUUUAAUUUCACUUGUCUAACCUUUCAUAUAUUCUUAUCUAAUUCAAACAAGUAGGAGUUCCUGUAGAUCGCUUUCUAUCAGUAAUGCUUGUUCUGUAUUUUUUUUUAUGGGGUUUGGUCGUUCACUACAGAAGACUUGAUCUCGCCUGUUAUGUCUUAGAAAUAGACGUAUAACUAAUUUUUAUCUUUUUAAUUGUUUUGACCUAUGCUAUAAUAUACAAUUUUAUUGAGUUUUAGUGGUUAAAGAAUUAUAGAGGUCCCUCGAAUCCUGAGUUGGCGGGCAGUUUUCUAGUGGCUUCUUCUUGAUUUCAUGAAUGGAAGGGACAAAGCGAAGGUUGAGAGUGAAGUUUCAAAGGUUAUUCAGUAGUACCAGGCUGUUCUUUUGCAGAAAUAGGGGAGAAAGAUGAGAAGAAAGCGGAAAAGAAGACUGAGUUCAUUGAGAAAGCUCAAAGAUUGGGCCUGACAAUUUUUGGUCCACAAUGUAAGAAGCUAGAAACACGCGAAGAUUCGAGAGGCGAACUGAGCAGAAACCAUUGUCGUUACUUGCAGAGAUUUUCAUGACGAUUGGGGAGGGAUUUUCGAGAUCUUACAAAGACAAACCUAAAACUCUUUCUUCAUCAAUUCGAUCCAGCCGGAUAUAGCUUUCUGAGGUGUCUUUUUGCUGAUUGUGCUUGUCUCCUUGCGACCAGUAAAGGAUGGGUGACUUUUGGGCCUCUAACUUGAAAGAUGGAAGUUUGGAACUCUUAGACUCAUGGUAGAAUAAACGUUGUGCCUUCGUAUGGGGAUUGGGUGAAGAAAUCCAGUUAGUCCAUGGCAACCAUUUUUUUCAUGCUCAAUGGAAAGUUGUUGAUCAAAGAAGUUAUUUUGGUGCUCACGGAGGCUUCUCGCUGGAAGCUGCUGAAUUUUUUUGUAAAGGGAAUGGUGUUCUAGCCCAAAUCCAGUGGAUCCACUUGGAGGGUUCAAGAUGGUCAAAAUUAUCCCAUGGUUAAAAUUCGGUACCCUAACCUCUUGGGAAGUCCACGACCUGGCGCAAGAGUGAACUUUCGAAGUUUUCAAGAGUCACACGUCCGCGUUGAAGUUGAAAACCUCUUUUCACUCUCAUUGGAGACUCCUUCGGCCGGUUAGUGCACCUUUGUUGUCAGAGAGAGUUCAUUAGAGGCUUCGCAGUGGACCGUAGGGAGGAGGAAAUCUUCCACUUACAAUAUGCUGAUGAUACCAUCAUUUUUUGCCCUGAGGGGGGUUUUCUUGCUAAUUGGUGGUUAUUGGUUAAAAGUUUCCGUUUUGUCUUGGGUCUCUCCUUCAAUGUGACCAAAACUUCUUUAAUAGGCAUCACAAUUUAAGAGGAUAUCUUGAUGUUAAAUGCAAAUGAGCUGGGAUGAAGAGUGGAAAAGUUCCCUUUUUCCUAUUUGGGUAUACGUUUGGGAGGUAAUUUUCAGAACAAAACUUUUUGGGACCCGAUGUUCGGCAAGGUCAGGAAUAAGGUUGAUAAAUGGAGAAUUGUACUCUUUCGAAGGGUGGUGGGUUGACUCUUGCAAAAUCGGUGACAAAUAGUCUUCCUCUGUACUAUUUCUCCAUCCUCAAAGCUCAAAAGAGAAUCAUAAAUGAAAUUGAGAAUAUGGCUAGGAAUUUCUUCUCAAGUGGCAUUAGUUCGAAGUGUUCUUGUAGGAACUUAGUAAAUUGGGGAAAAGCUUCUCUCCCUCUUCAAUAUGGAGGCUUUUCAACAAAACAACAAUGCCCUUCUUCAAAUAGCUGUGGAGGUUUAAUCGAGAAAACUUUGCUUUAUGGAAGAGGGUGGUUUCUAGUAUCAUGGUGAAGACCCUCACAAUUGAUCUACCCUCCCCCGAAAGGAGUUGCAAAAGGAGGCCAUGGUUUGAAAUUACAAACAACAGUAGGUGUUCUUUUUUUCAGUUUUGUGGACUUCAAGGCUCGUCUAGGGGAAAAAAUCAGGUUUUGGAAGAACAAGUGGAUUGGGGAAAACACUUUGAAGGUUGUAAGAGGCUUCCAUUGUCGAUUGCAAGAAAGAAGAUUCAAGGGACUGAGAUUUGGUCUUGAGCAGCGGGUUUUUUGGUAGAGAACUUGAUAGUUGGUUGGGGUUAGUCCAGAAGCUUUAUGUUGUCUGCUGGGGGAUGGUGAUGACAAGGGGCCCUUUCACUCGAGAAGGAAGUCUAGAAUUCCAAAUAAAGUCAUGGUGUUCUUAUGGUCUUUAGCUCAGAGGAAUUUAAACACAGAAUCUCCUCCGAAGGACAUGUAAACAGUGAAGUGUCCAUUAACCACAUCUUUCUACAUUGUCCUUUUGCUACCAAAGCUUGGUCUUCCCUUCUUGACAUCCUUGGCCUUUCGGUUUGUAUGCCCAAGCACGUUGGCAUUUGGUCAGUAGAAGUCCUUGGGGGUUGGAGCUUAUCUAAACGGGCUGAAGUCCGUUGGAAUUGCGCAGCUAGAGUGCGCCUAACAUCUUUGGUUGGAAAGGACUCAUCCUAUGUUCGAAGAUAAGUCUUCUUCUUUUGAGUCUUUUUGUAGAAGUGUACAGUACAACUCACUUCGUCUUGAUGGUAUGUUUUUUCGGAAGAAAUUCAUUUUUAAUUAUAGCCUUUCCAUGAUUAUUUACAACUGGAAAUCUCCUCUUUAGUUUUCUGUGGGUAGGGAAACCCUCUUCCUCUAGCCCUCUUAGGUUGUUUAUCCCAUUUUUUGUGUUCAGAUACCCAAGUUUUCAACCGUUAUUAUCUUUUCUAAAGUUGAAUGUUCAAAUUUUCAAAAGACUCAAUGGUCGUUUGACGAUAGAUAGAUGUAAAGUAAAUUACAUCCACGAUAAAUGAUUCGAAUAUAGAUAGGUGGAAAAUAGUAUGGAAUUUACUCGUUUUGGGUUAUUUCAUCCUUUUUCUCCAUGUUUUUUCUAAAUUUCUUGUGUGUGUCAAUUAUUGCUUUUAAUUUUUUCUAUAUAUUAUUUGUUUUGGGGAUUAAAAUCUGAGCCAAAAACUUACUGAUGUCUAAUUGUUGCCAUACUCUAGAUUGGCUACUAGUAAUUACAUAUAAUUCCAUGAGAAUUAUAGGAAUUAUUUGACAAUUUAUCCUCUGCAUGUGUCUAGCACGUGUAAAAUUAUUUUUAUUCUUAUGGUAUCCCAUAGAUUUCACCAUGCAUUUAAGGAUUUAUGAGCAUUUUUCAUUGUGACAGUCAUUUUUCGUAAACUUAUUUUAAUUAUAUUUUUAUUUAGAAAAGAAAAGGCAAUUCUGUUGUCAUAAAUGUCUAUCUACGAUAAAAGGGAAAAGGGAAAACCAGGCCACAACCCAUCCAUAAUCCAGCAAAGCUAAAAACUGGUCCUUGAUCAGAACCCUCCCCAAAAAAGCGAUUUAGAAAGCAGAAGCGAUGCUUUUUUAGAGCUUUUUAAGAGAAUAAAUCUGAUUAUAUAAAAACAACAAAAGGUGAAAAGCCUACACACCAUUCCCUUAGUAUACCAUUUCAAAAAACGACUGUAUUUUUCACUCACUUUCCUUUGCUCAUUUCAUCCAUAAUGAUUAGACAAUAAUUCAAAAAACAAAUCUCAAUUUCAUUUCAGUUUAUUUUAUUUUUCUCUCUGCCAUUCCACUAGCUAAGAAAAAGCCUCCAUAGGAACUUCUUUUCAGCUAAUGCUUGGAUCUGUCUCAAAAAAAAUUGAGAAAUGAAAGCUGAGAAAGACAGAAGCAGUAUCAUUUUGGUUUCACCAUAAAAAUUCCGCCAUUUGCUCUGUUUUUUGUUAUCUUCUUCAUUUGCAGUGAUGAUGAUGAGAUUUGAUCGCUCAGAAUCCUUGGAUUCUUUCAGUUCCAUCUUCACUCCUAAAGAGCAACCGAGCUCCACCACCAUAGGCGGCUACAGCAAGGAGUUUCAGGCAAUGUUAGACAGUUUGGAGGAAGAAGACAACAGUGAAGACGGCGGUGGAAGCAGUGGUUCGGCACCGGAGAGAAAACGCCGGCUGAAGCCGGACCAAGUGAAGGCCUUGGAGAGACAUUUUGAAGUGGAAAACAAGCUCGAACCAGAGAGAAAAAUGAAGAUAGCUACUGAAUUAGAGCUCGAGCCAAGGCAAGUAACAAUUUGGUUUCAAAAUCGCAGAGCCCGUUGGAAAACAAAGCAAUUAGAGAGAGAUUAUGGAGUUCUUAAAGCCAAUUACGAUGCUCUUAAGCUGGAUUAUGAUGUUCUUGAGAAAGAAAAUGCUUCUCUUGCUUCAAAGGUAAGAGAGUUGAGGGAAAAAGUAAGCAGAGAAGGAACAAAGAUGAAAAUUCAAAGGGAAUUGAAGGAUGAGAAGAACUCAUUUGUUUCCACUAAUAACAACUCUUCUCUGAAUUCGAUGUUGAAUUCCUUUGAACUUUCCAGGAAAGUUUAUGAGAAUCAGACUCAGUUUACGAAGGCCAUGAAUGAGGAUCAAAGCUUGUUUAAUACAGAGGAGCCUUGCAAUUUCUGCUCUGUUGAUCAAGCUCCCUCCCUCCACUGGUAAACCCAUGUGUUCUUCCAUCUUCUUCAACUAUUAUCCUUCAUCUGUCUUAUUUUUCUGUCUUGUUUAGACAAGAUUUAAAGAGUAAUUUCAUGUUGGGAUGAAAGUAUAAUGCCGAUUAAAAGUGGAGAAGAUUAUUAUUAAUACGACCAUAUGGAGAGAGAUACUCUUAACGUUGAUCAAAUUAAAGGCCUUUAAUGUUCA